AUGCUCGGAUUUCUUUUCGUAACGUUUGCCGACACCAUACCUGCCGUCGCUUGGAUGAUACUCCAUCUCCUACUGGAUGAUGGCAUCGCCGAGCGUGUACGAGGAGAGCUUUCCAAAACUGGCCUCGAUGGAUCGGGUUUCAUCAGUAUGGAUGAUCUAGAGUAUCAGCCUCUUUUGAAUUCUAUCUAUCGUGAGACUCUCCGCCUGCGCGUUGCCGGUUCAGUUGGCCGGAAGUCCACGGUCAAGAUGUACGCCCCCGGUGGCUGGGAGAUUGGGGCGAACAUACCCAUCAUGUUUCCUGCCUGGCUUAGUGGGCUGGACGACUCGUUCUGGAACACAGGCGGAUCCUUGCCUGGCGGUGGCUCACAAUAUCCUGUGGACACGUUUUGGCCGGAGCGGUUCCUGCAAUACCCAAAUGAGCCUCUAAGCGGCCCCACGAGAAAGGAACACCCGAACCACCAGAUGCCGGCUGGGAGGGUACCUCCAAGGUCUGCGAGUGAUGACCGCGGAGCAAAGCUUGUCACGAAGGGAAUCCAAGGCCACUGGUUCCCCUUUGGGGGGUUGCGAGCAGGUGCCCAGGAGAGGCACUUGCAAAACAAACGAUCCUCACUUCCGUAG